UAGGGAAAACUGCAGGACAAAAACUCACGUCACAUGCAGUUUUGGAUACGUCUCCAUUUGUAGUCAAGGCAGACUUAAUUUCCAUAUGUCCUAAUCCACAUUUGCAGCAGUGGCUGCCUUUGAUAUUCAGGUUCAAGUAAAAGCUGUAGAUUUAUUGUGCCUGCAUGAUUAAAGAGGCGAGCUGUCGGUCUCGCUGGAGGGAGCCGCUCAGAGCCGUACAUGCUGGACAUGUGUUGUGUUUAUCAGCCUUCAGCAUGAGUGACGUCUCACAGGUGUUUAACAGCUGAAGCUUUCCUCUGAACAGAGCUGGUUGCACCUUCAUAUCACGUCCUCCCAGAGUCCCUACCCACCCGUUUGCCUCUGACACACAUUUACUUUCCUGGCUUACUUCAGUGUGAGCUUUUAAAUGCUGUCAGGGGCCUCGUCUUUCUUAGCCGCUUUGGAGGCCAAUCUGCUUAAGGAUAUCUGUCCACUCAUGCACGUGCUCACAGUUGCCUUUCCUGCUAGUCAGAUGGCCUGAAAACACGACAUAUUACAAAUCCUUCUUGUGCUCCGGCUACUGUAAGCCACAUUGUAGAUUUUGCUGACCCAUUGCAUCUGCUCGGUGUGGCCAUGUGUGUUUGUUGUGGAGUUAGUUAGGUAGCGCUAUCAUUUUAAUCUGCAGCUUUGUGAUGAGGAGGCCCAGCUGGAGCUGCUUACCCGCGCUGGUCACACGCCAUAUGUUUGCUCAGACGCAUGGAAACUGCCACAAUUGCGCUCGCCUCCCUCCACCCCAACCAUUCUAACCCGUUGCACAGGCUUAUCGUGGCUUUAGCAUCUGUGCGGUAAAUUUAGGCCAUUGAUGUUUGCUUGUCUGGCCGGUGGUUUAAACCAGUGAACGCAAGCUGUGACUUUUAGUCGUUUGUGCGCUGUGCUGUGAUACCAUCUCUGCACAUCCAAGAUGAGGCUGAGGUCCAGGAGUAGAGAAAGAAUGGAGACAAGAAGAGAGGAAGAGGUGAAAUUUGAGGAGAUUGAAAUGAUUCCAAAGUCCGGAAAAUCUCCAGCAGACUCACGGAAAUCUGCCGGCAUUCAUGAGUUUGCAGCGCUUGCCAGAUCCUCCUUGAAUGGUAUCUCUCAGGCAGUGAGAGACCACAUGACAAAGCCCACCUCGCUGGCUCAGGGCCGGGUCGCUCACCUCAUCGAGUGGAAAGGUUGGCCUAAACCUGCAGCUCCUUCACUGGCCGCACACUCCCAGUUCAGCUCCUACUGCAAUCUGACUGAAGGGGAGAAGGAGGCUCGUUUUGCUGCAGGAGUGGCCGAGCAGUUUGCCAUCGCGGAGGCUAAGCUACGUGCUUGGGCAUCUGUGGAUGACGAUGAUGAGGAAGAUUUCAAUGAUGAAGACUCCCACAUCAGCGGACAGACUCACACGGUAUCCAGCCAAAACUCAGAAGCCACCAUCUACAGUUCCACCUCUGGAGCAGUGCCCGGGGUGGACCGCACUGAGACGCCACCAUCCGAUGGUCCCCUGGGCUCCCACAACAGCAGCCUGCCCUGUGGCAGGCUAGCAACUGAAAAUGCCCCACAGUCAUCACAAAGCAACUCACCCACUUUGCCCAGCGACUCCAUGAGUACGUGCCUGGAGGAGGAGGAGGAAGAGGAAGAGAGGCUGGACAGCCUCGAGGAGCAGCCGGCUCCUUUGCAGGAGCACCGCAGCGAAGUGUGCAUCCACAGCAAACCCGAGUGGAGGCCGAGGUGCAGGAGCAGCAGGUUUGACUCCUGCUACUCCACCUCUCACUCCGAGUCUCCUGGAGAGGAGGACGAGGAAGACGAGGAGGAGGAGGAAGGCAGCGUGUUUCAUGAGGUCCGGGUGUGGCACUGCAGCCCCAGGAGCUUUUUCUCUGACCGGGCGUCUUCCGGGGUGGCGUCAUUCGAUGAGGAAGAAGAAGAGAGAGAAGAAGCAGAGGGAAAAAAAGAAUAUUUGAUGUGAUGUGUCGUCCACCUUGAGUCUGUGUUGAUUCUGGAUAUUAUGCUUCAACCUUACACCUCUCCUUCUCCUCCUCCUCUUCUCCUUCCUCGUCCACUCAUUCUGUCUCCUGUCUCUCAUCCUCCAGGCCUUUCAUACUGAUCUUGCUCCACUGUUUAUCGCUGCUGUAAACAGUCGAUAUGUUGAGAGAGUUCAAUCAGAAUGUAAUGCUGUUGUUCACUAAGUUUUGUACGUUUAUUUUUUGUGUGUGUGUGAACAGUCAUGUGUUGCUAUUGCAUUGGUUUUCUAUGGAUAUUUUCUAGUGUUGUUUCCUCUGGGUCACGCUGUGUCACGUGGGUUGGGCUCUGUUUGAUAUUGAAUGCCUGAAUGUCUUGCAUAUAUAAAUAUGAGUUUUUGAAAGAAGA